AAAGAAGAAGAAGCCAGAGUCCAAGAACAGGAGAUUUCAUCAUGACUCAGCUGAAUACAACACCAUGGCUUCCUUCCACUUACGGCAUAGAAGCAUCUCAAGGCCAAAACUACACUUUAGAGUUCUCCGAGGAUGAAGCAUUUGAAUUUUUAUACUUUAUAUUCUUUUUGUAUAUAACUGCCAGUCUUAUCCCUUUCAUAUGUAUAUUUGGGCUGGUGGGGAAUGCAAUUGUCAUCUGGUAUCUCUGCUUUCGGAUUAAAAAGAAUCCCAUCACCACCUAUGUCUUAAACUUGGCUGCAGCUGACUCUGUGGUCCUGCUUUCUUUGGGAUGUCUAUGCAUAGAGUUCCUUUUAGUAUAUCGAAAUUUUUCUCCCUGGCUUUUCCACUGUUUUCUCUUCACUUACACCAUUAGCCAAUAUCUUCUGACAGCCAUCAGUGCUGAAAAAUGCUUGUCUGUUGUUUUCCCAAUCUGGUAUCGUUGUCACCGGCCCAAAUACCUAUCUGCUCUUAUUUGUACCUUGCUAUGGAUCAUGUCCUGUCUGAUGUCUGGACACUUCAUAGUAAAAACGUCAGAUUUGGUGUUAGAAAUCACCAGUAUUAUGAACUUCGUGCUUUGUACUUCUGUUGUCAUAAUUUGUACUAUCCUUCUUUUUAUCAGGACAUACUGUAGCUUAUAUCAACAUCGACGAGGCAAGUUCUAUGUUGCCCUUGUGUUUAUACUUCUUGUUUUCAUUUGUUUUGGUACCCCACUCAGUGUUACAUUCAUUUUACUUUCCUUUGAUGUUUUUAAUUAUCCUCAUUCCUUAUAUCUGUUGAUGAUAUCUAUAGCAUGUGCCUCCAUCAAUAGCAGUGUCAAUCCACUGAUUUACUUCCUUAUUGGGAGGAAAAAGAUGAAGCGGUCUAGACAAUCCUUCAGAUUGGUCCUCCAAAGAGUUUUCAGUGACAACGUUGAUUGCAGCGUUGCUGGGCAAUCUGCCCCACCUGUGGAAAGAUAAAUAAAGAUGGACUGAAGCACAA